AUGCCUAAUAAUGGCGAGGACUUGACACACGAUUGUCCAUUUCCGGAUGUUGCGGAAGCUCUCAGACCCUUUAUCAAGACAAGACAGGAAGUAACAGCCAUCCGACAGGGACUUCAAACAACCCUGCCACUCUCCUCCAUUAGCCUGGGCCAAACUUCAGCAGACGUUGAUCCUUCGUCUCUCUCCGGAGUCCGCAAAGCGUACUGGAGAGCCCUGGAAGCUCAUAAGAAAGCGCAGUCCCGCUAUGAGUCCUUGAAGACUGAGUUGGACCAACUCGUGCUCGGUGAAGCCUCAGGUCUUCCAGCUCCGACUACUGAAGACAGCGACUCCUUUCUCACCGAGAACUACGUCCCCUUGAUACGACAAAAGGAGAAGCACCGCAAGCUCAAAGUCAUCGAGGCGUCUUUGGCCAGGAUCGAUGCCGCUGGUCAGCGUUCCGUAGGCGAAUCUCUGGACAAUGUCGCCAAGCGUGAAAUCGGGGAGCUUCCAGUACCGCCUACCAGUGCUUCUUUACCAGAUCGCGAUGCAGAGUUCAAUGCCGAGUACGAUCUCACGCAGCUGAAGAAGGCCAUCCUAUCGACCAAGCAGCAGCUGAACGACCAUGAACGAGCUGUUGUCAGCCUCAAUGGAGUGGACCGAGGCGACGUCAACCCUCAUGCCGACCUGAAAGCUUUACAAAAGGCACACAACGAGCUGACGCUGUGGAUGGAAAGUCAGCUUGCAGUGAUCAGCGACACUGAUGGCACCAACGGGAUGAACGGGGUCACCUCAGCCGAGUCCGAUACUAAUGGAGACGUAACCUUCAACAUCAACGACAUUGAAGAUUUGUACGAGCAGUAUCUGGAAGCACGACGGCGGCUCCUUGACACUGUCGCCAAUCCGCCAUCACCUCAACUGACCUCGAGACCAUCUUCACCAGUAGUCAGGCGCGGGUCAGAAACGACGGAAGUCGACAAUCGCACUGCCACCUCAGAGUUGGUAAUGCCCUACCUCACAGCUUUGACCUCGAAGAAGCAACACGAACAGGACCUCUUGCAGCAGAGUACCUUCGCCAGACGCCAAGCUGCGUCUUCAGAGGCGCAGACUCAAGCAGUGCUCUCCCGCUUAGCUGAUGAAAGCCAUCUACUGGCACCGGAACUGGGUCGAGGACCACCCAAGGGCAAAGACUGGGCGAAAGCAGCAGCAGUUGCUGAGAAGACGACGGAGGAUUACACCACUCAACGAACGAAGUCUGGCCUGGCAGCCACUGAAGCUGCCGCGAAGGCGAUGGAGUCUAUUCAAAGAUUGCCAAGCUCGUACGAUACUUUGCUGAAGUGA